GGAUACUGCACAGAACCCUCAAGCUCCCUGGCCUCUGGUAGAGGACCCGAGCUUGGAAAGUGGAUGAGACCACUCGCGGAGGGUGAGAAUAGAGUGGUAUAUAGAAUGUUUUUUGGAUUUAAAAAACUGAUAAAAAAAAUUUUUCAAAAAUAAUACAUUACUUUCUUCAAAUUGCGAUAUAAAAAUGGGACAAAUCAAACUAAUGAGACAUCUUAAAAUAAUGACUUAGAACUUAGAAUAAGAUAUAAUACUGAUAGUUUGACUGACAUAAUAUGACUUUUUAGUUAGUAAGUGAAUUUAUUGAGGCGCUCUCUCAAAAGAUUAAUACUACUGCACUACAAUUAGAGAAGCUGUGCGUCAACUGGCGUGACUUCUUUAAAAUUUAAUAGCGGUUGGCAAACAACGUAUCGAUGCAUUACCACCACCUUCUGGAUAGAAUCAACAUGCACAGUAAAGUGCAUAAACAAACCAGUAUUAUCUUGUUCUUCUAUAUCACCCACCCGUGUUAUUAAGUCUAUCAUGCGCUUGGGGCAUAGAAUAAUAAAUGACUGCAAGCCUUUGGACGAUGGAACGUUCGAAGCAAUGCUACUUACCCCCAUCCAUCCUGCUGGGUCCCUGCCAAUCCUCCAAUUUAAUCGCUUCUUGCCAAUUGUUAGGAGUUCUCACACAGUCUGUCUGGGGCUGACAAAGCACCUCGGAUAAAUACAUUGGCACGCAGGGUUCUCCGAGUCAAGGAGGAAGUUGAGAGGAACUUGCUCAAUGGCAACGACACUGGAUUUAAAUAACAUCAUAACGCAAAUGGAGACAGGAAAACAGGACUCAGUAUUGAGGGCUCUACAGACCUACAACAAGGAGAUGAACCUGUGCUUUACAUUCAGCAGGGAAGAAGAGCAGGACAGAGAGCAUUUGGGGGAGUUGGUCAUAGAUUUCCUGAAGUUGGAAUUACAGCCUUCCUGUCAGCUGGCGUGUCUGGAAACCGUUCGGAUCUUGUCAAGAGACAAACACUGCCAAGGCCCCUUCAUCAGCCAUUCUGCCAUGUCCACUCUUGCUCACUAUGCUGGACUCGUCGUGACCAGUGCUGCAGAAGAUGUGCUGCAGGGCCCAGUAGAUGGUGAAGGCGAAGAAGGUGAAGAAAGAGAGAAUGGAUCCCUCGAGGUGGCCAACAAACCCUCCCCUCCUUCAGAAAACCUUGAUCUGGAAGUGAAUGCUGAGGCUCUUAAGUCCAUUUGUAACAUCUUGCUGCACAGUGAGACAGGCCAGGUAGUAGCAGCAGAUCUCCAUCUGAUAACAGGUGUGGCAGAGAGGCUAAAGCAGCGUCAUAUCCCCAGCUGGAACCACGAGGUGUGCUUCUACAUCUUACGUCUCACUUUCCUGUUGACUGCUCUGAGAGUGGACAUCAGGGCUCAGCUGGCUCAGCAGCUUCAUGGCGUGACUUUGCUAGGCAACUAUUUGGAAGACACUCUGAACCUGUGUUGGAUAGACACACUGGAGACAGCCAGGGCAGGGUCAGAGGGCAUCCCGCCCAAAGAACUGCCCCCACUGACUCGGCAACAGAUUGAACUAGCCAUGGAAGUACUGAAAAUACUUUUCAAUAUCACAUUUGAUUCCAUGAGGCGCAAGGUUGAUGAGGAGGAGGCAGCAGACUACAGGCAUUUGGGAGCUAUACUGAGGCACUGUCUGCUCAGCUGUGCUGAUGGAGAGGAGCUAAAUGAUGAGUUCCAUGGCCACACUGUGAACCUGCUAGGUAACCUGCCUGUUCCUUGUCUGGAUGUACUGGUGAUGCCCAAAGUGCAACAGUGUUCCACUGAAUCUCAGGGGAUCAACAUGGAUGCCGCUGACAUGCUGCUGGAGUUUAUGGAGAGAAAAAUUAACCAGGGACAUAAGCUAAAGGAAACCCUCCUCCCAUCACUGAAUUUGCUGACUGAGAGUGCCCGCAUUCACAGAGAGACCAGGAAGUUCCUCAGGUCAAAGGUGCUGCCUCCACUGCGUGAAGUGAGGAACAGGCCAGAGGUUGGCAGCUCCCUGAGGAACAAACUAGUCCGUCUCAUGACACACAUUGAUACUGAUGUGAAGGACUGCGCUGCAGAAUUCCUCUUUGUACUCUGCAAAGAAAAUGUUUCCAGGUUCAUUAAGUACACGGGGUACGGUAAUGCAGCAGGCCUGCUGGCUGCCAGAGGACUACUCAGAGUGGGCAAAGACCUGGGAAAUUACUCUGACGAUGAGGAGUCUGAGACGGAGGAAUACAAAGAAGCCAAGGCUAAUAUAAACCCAAUAACAGGGGUUGUAGAAGACGAGAAGCCUGAUCCCAUGGAAGGAAUGACAGAGGAGGAGAAGGAAUAUGAAGCCAUGAAGCUGGUCCAAAUGUUUGACAGACUUUCAAGUUGUUGCAGGUAUCUAGCCUAGAAGUCUUGUCAGCUGGUGCUGGGGACUUCUAGGGCGAAGAGUCCAAGUCAUCCCACCUUCCCUGGUCUGGAUCAGGGCAGUGUUUCCUGAGGGACAAGGCACCUAUGUUGGACUUAGACCACCUGUGAAAUACCUAAAUUAUUGUUUUUUAGGCAAUAUCUCAAUAAAAGCUGAAAUAUUAUAAAACAUUUGUCGGUUUUCCCUCAUUAGGUAUAUACAUACAAAAAUAGUUCAGUGAAACAGCAAUAGUCAAAGCCAACUUUAUUUUUAACCAAUGCACCAGCACUAUAAUGCUGGAUAAGUUACCGUCAAAGUUCAAUUUGCAGACCAGAAAAUGAACGGGUAGGAUUUAUGGUUAUGUUGAAAGCAUAGUUUCUGGAGUGAAACAGGUACAGUCAUGAGCAGUUGGCUGGGGAGAUGUGAGGAUCUUUUUUGUCUUCACGUGUUGGAAGACAUCGGAAGCAGUGCAGCUGCUGUACAGAUGGAGGAUGCAGCUGUUUUCCUUGACACCACUCUAGAAGG